AUGACUGCUCCUAGAGGGAAGGCUCGGGCAGUGGAGGGGGAAGGAGGAGGUUCUUCUGGCGGGUUGAGGCGGAGCGAAGCUGGGUCAAUGGUUUUUGUACUGCCGUUGAGGAAUAGAGUGCUGUUCCCGGGACUGAGAGCACAGGCAUUGGUACAUAAAUCGGUUUUUGAGGCCUUUGUAGCCCAUCAGAAAACAGUAUCGUUGGAAGAUUCUCUGAGCCACGACAAGCUCGUCACUGUUGCUGACCUCGGGAGUUUCCNNNNCGGGGAGAUGCAUCAUCAGGGUGGAACUGGAGACCUCUGUGCGGCGCUGGUGUGGGACGGCUCAACGGAGAGAGGUCGCAAAAUUUUCCCCUUCGUUGAAUCGAACUCCUAA